CUGCUUUCACCUUCUUCCCACUUCUCUAAAACCCUAAUACAAAGUCUCUGCAAUUACUGAAAAUGGCAUCUCUAGUUUCGAAAAUCUCAUUGACAAGACUCUUUUCCCGGAUCCGUGCCCCAUCAAUAGCUUACACUCUAUGCACUGCUACAGAAACCCGAACCCAGAAGUUGGAGCGGAUCGCCGACCAACUUCUGGACCUGAAUAAGCUCGAAAAACAUGACUACUCUAUCCUAUUCCGGCACAAAAUGGGUCUUAAUCGAUAUGGGCCUGCUGUUUCAGGUUUGGGUUCUGGAUCUUCUUCUUCUGGCCCUGGUGCAGCGGCUGCGGAUACAAAGGUGGAAGAAAAAACUAUCUUUGAUGUAAAGCUUGACAAGUUUGAUGCGGCGGCCAAGAUUAAGGUGAUUAAGGAAAUUAGGUCUUUUACUGAUUUGGGUUUAAAGGAAGCUAAGGAGUUGGUAGAAAAAGCGCCAGCAGUGGUGAAAAAGGGAGUAACGAAAGAUGAAGCUAAUGCCAUUAUAGAAAAGCUCAAGGCAAUAGGUGCUACAGCGGUACUAGAAUGAAAUUUCCAAUUUUGCCUCAUGUUCUUAUACUGAAAUUGUUAUUUUUAUGGGGAAUAGAAAUGGAAAUUGUACUCCAUUCUGACGAA